AUGGAGAACGAUUCUGGAAAAGCCGAUGAGGAGCUUCUUGAGAUCGAAGUCUUUCCCGGAUAUUUCCACAUUAAAGGAAGCUACUCUCUUGUAAUCCAUAGGGGUGACCCCUUAGGAGAGCUGCUAUCCGAGGUUCAUGCGAAAGGAUCGGCUUCAUCGAUGGAUUUUUCAAUUACAUCAAAAUUACGCAGGCUACUAGUACAAUGUUUCAAGCAGAAAAAUAGGCCAGCUAUAGAAGGAGGUGGGUUCUUUAUGAGUUGA